AUGGCCUCUUAUGCGUUGGCAUUGUUUUAUUGGGGAUGGCUUGGAGAUCGUGUUAACUCUCGAAAUGUUUUAAUUAUUGGAAUGAUUGGAUCGGCUGUAAUGCUCAUUUUGUUUGGAUUUGUUCCAAAAUGGCGAAAUUUUUAUUCUUACUGGUAUUAUAUUUUAAUUUAUAUAUUAUUUGCGUUAUUUCAAGCAUGUGGUUGGCCGAAUGUUAUUGCCAUCAUGGGCAAUUGGUACAGUGGUAGUAAUCGUGGUUUCGUCAUGGGCAUUUGGUGUUCCUGCCAGGCUAUUGGCAAUAUAUUCUCUUCUUUGCUCAUCGCACUAAUUUUGCCUUUUGGAUAUGAGUAUACUUUCUUAUUAAAUUCAUCGCUUAUGAUUCUCGUGGCCUUAUUCGUAUUUCUAAUCGAAAAUGCUCCUAGAAGGUGCAGCGUUCCAUCAUUCAAUAAUACGCACGAUGAAGAUUCGUUAAAUCGGACUGGAAGACAUCUUGGUCUUUUCGAAGCUCUUUUGUUACCUGGUGUUAUUCCAUAUUCUCUUUGUACUGCAUGCCUCAAACUUGUCAAUUAUGCGUUUUUCUUUUGGUUACCUCUCUGUUUGAGUGCGCGAUUCGGGUGGACAGAACAAAGUGCCAAUUUUUUAUCUAUUUGGUUUGAUAUUGGUGGUAUUAUUGGGUCGAUGCUUGUUGGAGUCAUUUCGGAUCGAUGUGGUUGUAAGAGUCCAAUUGUAGUGCUCAUAUUGUUGUGUGCUAUAGGUGCACUUUUUUUAUACACACAUGUUGGCGGUAAUGUUUUUGUUAAUGCAUUGAUUAUGACUUUUGUCGGCUUUACUGUUUCGGGGCCAUAUAAUUUUAUCGCAGCUACUAUUUCGAUUGAUCUUGGAUCACAACCACUAUUUUCUUCAAAUGCAGAGGCAAUGGCGACAGUAUCUGGUAUCGUUGAUGGUAUUGGUUCACUUAGUUCUGCUUUUGGACAAUUAAUAAUUCCACUUAUUGAGAUUCGAUUUGGAUGGGAUUAUGUGUUUUAUUUUUUCAUCAUAUUGGUGAUUUUAUCAAUUUUCCCUUUAUUGCGCCAAUGUUUCGCUGAUUUGAAGACGUUUUGGAUGCUUCAUGAAGAAGGAGCUAAUGCGCAAAAUGAAACUGAACCUUUGCUCGAAUAA